AUGCGCGGGGACUGGAAUGCCGCGCGGGAGUGCUUUUGGAGCAGCCACAGGGCACUGGCGGAAAAAUCCGUCGAGAUUUGCGGAGUGCACAAGAUGGAGAUGCUUGCCAGGGCUUUUCGGCGGCUGGAGGCUGCCGCGCUCACAGUGGCAGGCAGCUCGAGGGCCAACUUGGAGCUUGCCGUGAACGACUUGGUGCAGGUCCGGCCAGCUGUGAGGCUGCAGUCCAGCAGUCUGGCAAUGGCGAUGCCUGCAAGAGGCGGCUUUCUGCCGGAGAGUGGCAAACCUCGCACUGUGAGGCGUGGUCUUUGGCCGUGUUGA